AUGUCCUCUCAAUCCACCUCCCCGUUCUUCACCAAGUUCCCGCGGGAAAUCCGCGAUCAGAUUUACCACGAAAUCUGGCUCCAGACACCUCUCAUCACCUUCUCCUCUCCGCAUUUCGGCAAAUGCGACAUUAUAUACGAAGGCUCCGAAGCCAGCGAUACAGAGCACCCAGACUUGAGUUGGCUCCGCUCGUGCAAACAGAUGUAUAGCGAGGGAAUGGAGCAGCAUUAUCGAAAAUCUCGCGCCAUGCAGGGCGUCACAGGACCAGUUGAGGAGGUCUCCGAAGAGCCAAAUCACCCGGGAGAGUGGAUGCUGCUUCGCUGCAAAGAGCUGCACUUGGGCCUGAAUACCUUCCUCACUCAUGACAUGGCCGGGGACAUGACUUUCCGGGAAACAUGGAUAAUUGCGGACUGCGACAAGCGCAUGCUGCUCAAGCUGCGUCAGUUGACGAGGAGUAUUGCGCCGGCCUGGAAGAUGGCCACGGUGCACAUGAUACUGAAUUUUGAGGCUGCGGACUGCAAGUCUUUCCAUACUUUCUGGAAUACCUUUCCCGCCAUCAACUGGGACUACCUCGGGAAUCUGCUUGCUGGGCGUGGGCUUGAUGCCUAUACCAUGUUGAUUCGGCAUCACUGUCCGCCGAUCAAUUGUCACGACUACUAUUGCCCCUUGAUUGGGAUGGAGACGGCGUUUGGGGGAGAGCUGUCGGCCUUUGGCCGCAGAAUUAUUCGAAGGGCCAGGGUGGAGACGAGUGAUAUGGAGCUGGGGAAUCAGCGCUUGCGUUGGGUUUAUGGCGUUUCGGUAUAG